AUGACGCCUAAUUUCUGGCGCUAUUUCUUGACUUUGUGGAUCCGAGCUAGGGCGGAGGGUCUCAGGUUCGGCCUCGAAGAAUUGAAGCAGUUGUUUUCUAUUAAGAGGAACAGUGGUUUCCCUGGAACAAUGAUUCUUGCUCUUCGGCCUGGCCGUUCUAUUAUAGAUGGUAUUCCUAACAGGGAUGACCGGUGGAGGGAGAAAUUUUUCAUUUUUAAGAUUAAUCUGGCGUCGGUCGGCGACUUUGAUUUUGAGACGAUCCCUAGGGUGUGGUCCGACGAGAUUGAACCCUUUGGUUCUGCGCCUAUGACUCCCGAGCUUCGCGGGCUAAUCGCCACUUUGCGGUGGGAUAGCCCUCGAUGGCUCGCACUCACCGUAGAUCGAAUUCGAGCGGCUUACGCUCUUCCGCCGGGUGAAAACCGUGCUACUCCCGUUGGUUCGGUGGUACCUGUUCGACCGGGAAAAGAUUCGAAUGUCUUUGCGUCGCUCAAUUCGCCAAAUAUGUUUUGUUCAAGGGCGAGUGAGAAGGAGGUGCUACCCGACCGUCCUGACGAGUCUUCCAAAGGUGGGGCUCGAAGGGCGCCGAACACUUUAACUGGUUCUGUCGGUGAUCGAGCUCUCGAAGACGAGAUCUAUUCGAUGACUCACCGACGCCGACGUCGAUCUCACGAAGAGAUUAACUCUGUGAGUUCGAAUUCCCCAAGCUCGGAGCUUCCUCCGCCGUUACGAGCUUCUGACGAAGGUACUUCGCAGGUCGACCCGAGCGCUCGUCUCUCGGACGUGCAGAAGACCUCUUCGUGGAGAUUUUUGUAUGACGACGAGGUACCAAUCCUUGAGAACCUUGAAGGUCUUGCUCUGAUUUGGGGCAAGAUCAGAGAGAAGGGAUGCGAGCUUCCUCCUCUGGACGAUAUGCGUGAGCGUGAUGCUUACGUGCGGAUGGCGGUCGCGAGUGCUAAGGCUAUGGAGGCGAGUAACGAAUACGCCGCUUUGAUGGAGAAGCGCUUGGCUGACUUUCCGAGCAAAGAGGAGGCCGGAGGUCACCUUCUCACGAUUCAACAGCUUCGAGGUGAGUUGGAGACCGUUCGAGAGAAGUUGGUUGCUACCGAGGCGGAGAAGGUUGCUCUCCAGACUGACCUUGACUUGAUGAAGGAAAAGCAUAGGAGGGAGAUUGAAGGUUGCAAGGAGACCGAUCUCAAGGAACGCAGUCUUGCUCGUCGGUCUCUUGCCCAAGAGUGUGACGCGGUUCAUGCCGUGGUGAAGGAUAAGCUCCGGAAGAGGAAGGAAGAGACGGAUACAGAAGUGCGAGCUCGUAUUGAGGCUUUGACUGAGUACAGCGAAGGUGGUUUCGAGCUCGAAGAGGAGUUGGGGCGUCUUAAAGACCGGGAGAUCUCGCUUGAUCUUGAUUAUGGUGUUGCCUCGGUGUCGGAGCCUUCCCUUAGUCGUCUCGAUCUUCCUGAGGUUUCUGGUGAUUCGGUUGAUCAAGAAUGA